AUGGCCAAACUGCGUAUGGGAUCGUGUAUUUUACUUNCAGGCUUUGCAAGAGAUUUGUUUGUUCGACAUUCAAUGAAAANAAAGUUGAUUNGUGGUUUGAAUGGAAUUUUNACUGAGGAGCAGAAGGGUAUUAUUUCACAAAGUCCAUUUAAAUGGUUUUUAGAACUAAAGGAUGACAUUAAGCUUGGUAGGAAUAUACUGAGCGAUUUAUUAGAAAGGUGGGAUGAUGAGAGGGGUGGUUUUUGUUUUGGAGGAAAAUUUGUGGAAUUAAAGGAAAUANAUGUUACUUUAAGUUUAGGGUUGGGUUUAGAUGGUCAGCAGAUUAACUUGAAAGAGAAAAGACUUGGAAAAAGUGAUUGUCGGAAGCACUUUGCAAAAGCAAACGAAAAAUAUGAUUUGCAAGUUAUAUAUGACUUUAUAUUGAAGAAACACAAGAAGUUGGCUUCAUUAGAUGUUUGUAGGCUAUACAUUUUGGUAGGAAUUUCUGAGAUAUUGUUAUCCAAUCGUACUAAAACAAUAUUCCCAAUUUUGUUUGAAAUAGUUGAUAAAAUAAAUGAUUUGGGUAGGUUUUGUUGGGGUCGUGUAGUUUACCAAUAUCUACUUCGUAGUUUUAGCAAAACUUGUACAGCUUGGAAUGAAGGAAAAGGUGCAAGGACUGUGUAUGUCGAAGGUUGUGUGUACGUGUUGCAGGUUUGGUUUUGUGAUCGUUUUGUUCCUUCUAAUAAUUUAGUACAUAAAAAUCCAAGAAUUCUGCAUUGGAUUGAUGUCAAUGUAGGUGACAAUUUCAUAAAAUCUGCUAUGGAGACGGGUGUGACGCUUGAUGACUAUGGUCCAUCAAUGAGAGAAAUGAGGCAGCCAUUUGUGAAAGCAUCAUUUAAUGUAGGUGGAGAGGAAGUAAGGAAGAAAGCACAUUCAAAGUCAGCAACCAAUGAAAAACAGAAGAAAGAUGUUGAUGAUGGUUUAGAUGCUGCUGUAGAGGAACAAGAAGCUGAAAUUAAAGCACUUGAAGAAGAAUUGGCUGCAUUGAAGACUGAGUUGGUUGAGGAGAAAGAAGAAUAUUAUGGUGGUUACAGUACCCCAUGUAACCAAAAUGAGAAUAUUAACAACUAUGGACGUGAGGGAGAUGAUUGCAACAAUGAAACUGUUAUGAAGCAUUAUAUGCGUCGAAAGCGGUUCAAAAGUGAUGUUUGUAAAACUCCGUACACCGGAUACAGUCCCAAACUUUAAUUAUGGAUUGUUUGAUUAGUGCAUCAUAUUGUAUUACUUUAAUUAUGGAUAUUUGUAUUUGAAACAGAGAUUUGGU